AUGAUCUAUAAGAUGUCUAUUUUAAGAACAGUUUUAGGAUUUAGCACCAAAUGCCAUGAAGUCAAGAGGACUUGUGGGAACUAUUGUUCCAUUCAUAUCUCAAAGAUCCAUGUUUUAAAUAAACUUGUCAGUGGCAGUCAUUGUUCCUGCUUGUGCAGUAGACAGAAUUCCAGUCAUUUAAAGGAAAGUCUCUUCCGUUGUAAGUGCCAAAACUGUUGUGUACGUGACGUUUCUACAUCCGUCCCUGCAAGGCACUUCAGACAGUUUCAUAAGUCAUACAAUGUGUUAAAGUAUGAAAGUGCCCAAAAAUCAUUGUUUCAUGCUGCAGACCUACUCGGAAAUGUGGACAGUCCGGAAGUAGUUAAUGAAUUAUUUCAAGGACUUAUAGGUCAAGAUCGGGCAAGUCUUGCGCGGUCUAUUACACUUGUUGAAUCUCGGCAUCCAGCCAAACAGAAGCAAGCACAGCUUUUGUUGACCAAGGUUCUAGAACACAUGGUUCAGCACGACCAGCAUUUACUCAAGGGGCCACGAUCUUUCAGAGUUGGAUUAUCAGGUCCUCCAGGGUCAGGGAAAAGUACUUUUAUUGAAACUUUUGGUAAAUUCCUAACUUCAGACGGACACAGAGUUGCUGUUCUUGCUGUUGAUCCGUCCUCGUCUACAACUGGAGGUUCAUUGCUGGGCGACAAGACCAGAAUGCCAGAAUUAUCCAGAGAUAUGUACGCUUACAUCCGCCCAUCUCCCUCUGGGGGAACCUUGGGGGGUGUCACCCGGACGACCAAUGAGGCCAUUGUUCUCUGUGAAGGUGCAGGAUAUGACAUCAUUCUCGUCGAAACUGUGGGUGUUGGUCAGUCUGAGUUUGCUGUGGCUGACAUGGUGGACAUGUUCUGUCUUCUGAUCCCACCAGCGGGAGGUGACGAGCUACAAGGGAUUAAAAAGGGCAUUGUUGAAGUAGCUGACUUGGUGAUUGUGAAUAAAAGUGACGGCGACCUGAUGCCUGCAGCACGAAGAAUACAGUCAGAGUACAUCAGUGCCCUCAAGUUUAUGAGACCUCGGUGGAAAGUCUGGAAGCCAAAAGUCACUCGUAUUUCAUCAAUUGAAAAGACUGGCGUGGAGGAGCUGUGGGGGACGAUGCAAGAGUUUAGAGAGAAAACCCUGGCUUCAGGAGAAUUGAUCAGUCAUCGAGAGAAGCAACUGAAGCUUUGGCUCUGGAACCACAUCCGGGACCAGGUCAUGGACAGAUUUGAACGUGAUCCCAAGGUGAAGGCCCUGCUGCCCCAGGUGGAGCAUCUAGUAUCAAAGAACCGGGUGACGCCUGGUCUCGCAGCUGACUACAUGCUCCAAUUAUACUUUGGUGAGAAUGAGCAAGGAAAAGGCUGUUAA